GAAACUGUUUACCAACUAUCUGGGUCAUUUUAAGAGUUUGGAUCUUUAUUACAUAGAAAAAACAUGGAAAUAAAAUCCAACUUUGUUUAGCUGAAUAUUUUAAAGAAAUGGCAAAUGAUAUUAAGAUAAACCACAGUGUCGAUCUCAAUUGUUAUUUGAUGCAAGUUCUUGGCGGAAUUUCAAUGUGUGCGUUAUGGAUGAUCCUGACCCUUUGAAAAAUGUCAACUGGAACGCACGUAAACACUCAGUUGCUAACCGUCGUCAUGUUGAACUCGUCGCGUUUUCAGAUACAUUGUUAAAAAUGUAUCAUGGCGUGCUUCAUUGUGUUAUGGAACUAUACCGGGAUGACAGAGACUGCCAAUUUUCUUGGCAGCAUUUCAGGAACGCCGCUGAUAAAUUGGCGGAAAUGCACAAAUACGUGAAGCUAACGAUACUGAAAGUGUAUGAACUUGGGAUUGUUGAGGGAGCUGCCUCUUUCUCCUCCGAUUUCUUCGAAAAAAUCAAGGAUAUGCCAUUGCAAAAUGAAAAUAAGAAUAUCCCAUUUGACUGUAUUCGGCAAUACAUCUCCAGGCCAGAAGAUCCACCUCCAAAGUCUUUACGACGUAUCAAACGUGUAGCUGUUCGUCGACGCUCACGUCAUUUACGUAAUGUAGGAGAAAUAAUUGAACAGCAUCUGCGUCCGACCAAUGUUAAUUCUAAGCAGACUGAAUCUGGUUCAUCUUCUUAUGCACAUCAACCUUCAACAUUAAAGUGGGAUGCAGGAAAACAUUCUAAUUGGACUGUUAUUCAAAAAUCUUCGUGUAUGUCCCUUGAUACAGAAAUUGACUGCCCUAGUGAGGACAGUGGAACGUCGCUAAGUAGUUGCACUUGCGAUGAUUAUUUAACAGAUACUUCAAAUUCGACAAAUGAAGAGGAUGAUUAGGAAAACCUUAUAACUACGGUAUUUUAACGCUUUUUAAUUUAGUGUUUCACUUGGUCUCUAAUAAGUUUUCCUUUUCCCCCUGUAUUUAAUAGUUCGUAUGGCUGAAAUGUAGUCUUGUGAACUGUUUGCACAGAUGAAAUAUGUCUAGUUGUUAUAAUCAAUUUCUUUGCUUCUAUCUAAAUCUACUUCAUUAGCUUUUUAGCAUAGUUUUUUGGAUUUUUAUUUUGCCCUUGGUUGUGUGUUUGUUGUCCUUGGUGGUGAGUUCACUCAAGUUUAUUUAUAUGAAUUCAUUUCUCAAAUUUGCAUGAAGCAUUUUGGUUUACUUAAUUAAGACUGACCUCAGUCACAUGUCAUUUUCUCUUAAAGGUUAUUUUUUUAAACAAUCUACUACCAGUAGUACAUGGGGAUGCAAAACCCACCAAAUCUGAUCCAAUAUUUUGUCAUACUAUUUAUAACCACUUGUGUCAAUUGAUCUUUUUCUUCCAGUUUUUAUCUUCCAACUAGUAAUCAAUAAUUAUCUGAUGUAUAUCUUAUAUAUAUGUAUAUUGUGAUAUUCUCCUCUUCAAGAUUCACUUUCUUUGUUCGCACAUGUAUGUAGAAUGUCCUAAUAAUGAGAUCUCGUCAGUCAUUGAUAUUUAAAAAUAAAUGUAUUCAAACAUACUACCAUUAUAAAUGUUUAUUUUGUAUAGAAAGCUGCUUUUGUAUGCGUCUGAUUUGGUACUCAGCAGAGAAAAUCGCUCAACAGGGAGUGAUAGA